AUUAGAGAAAGUUAUAAAAACGGGCCGCAAUUAGCAAGUAGCAGUUAGUUUACAAAAUAUUACUAAAAGUGUCAGCUACAUCUGUGCGCAAUUCAACUAUUUAACGACAAUCACAGAUUACAUAGUGGAAAGUCGUAAUACUUUACAGUAUUGUCGUGCAAACAAUAGUUCCAAAGUUGAAGUUGUAUUUGAACAGUGCUUUCGAUAAAAUGCGGAAUAGCGAAAAUACGGAGGACACGGAUUUGCGUAGCCGAAAAUGCGGAAACAACAACAAGCUCGAUGACGGUGUUCAUGGUGACAAAUCGUCUUGGUCCAUUGAAGCACAGACUACACGAAAAACUAACAUAGAACUCAGUGAAUCAACUGACAGCAAUUCCCAGGUGAACAAUAAAAUGUCAACGACUCCAAGCAAGUCUGUCUUGCACCGUAGUAGUCUUGGUGAAAGUUCAACUGAAGAUUUGGACAAUCGCAGUGCUAACAACAUGUGGCGCAAUGAGUUUAAGCCAAACGACGAGGCUCCAAUUGAAGAACGCGAGGAACAGGUGCCAGCGAGCAAGAAGAGAUUCAUCGACAUAGUUGAUGUUAUCAUACGCAUUGUGGUUGUUGUCGUCUUCUUCAAAUUGGAAACGACGCCCGCAUUCAAACGGGAAAUACACGCAGAAGAGCUGUGGCUCUACAAGAAUCCACGUCGGCCCGAUAUCGUUAGAGGCGGUGAUCUAUUGAUACUGGUGAUAACUGUUCCCCUGUUGCUCACCUUGAUUUUCUAUGCGUUCACCAAGAAUCGAAGGGAUUUCCGUGCUGCCAGCUGGGCGUGGACAUUGGCCGUCUGCAUGAAUGGCAUUCCAACGAGUCUCUUGAAGAUUACCGUGGGUCGCCCACGGCCAGAUUACUUUUAUCGUUGCUUUCCCGAUGGCAUCAUGCUGUUAAAUGAAACGGCAAACACGCUGGGCUCGUCGCUGCUCGACUUUAAUUGCACGGGCAUCGCUAGUGAAAUCAACGAGGGUCGCAAGAGUUUUCCCAGUGGUCACUCGUCAUUUGCCUUCGCUAGCUUUGGAUUCGUUACCUACUAUGUGGGUGCUAAGCUGCAUGCCUUCGACGCUCGUGGACGCGGACAAACGUGGCGUCUUUGCGUUGCCAUUGUGCCCCUCAUUGUGGCGACCUUGGUGGCUGUCAGUCGCACCUGUGACUAUCAUCAUCACUGGCAGGAUGUGACAGUCGGUGCGCUAAUUGGUCUUGUCUGUGGCUACUACAGCUACAGACAGUAUUAUCCCUCUAUCUUUUCGACAGAGGCGGGCAAACCAUUUUCUCGUUGGUCGAGAAUCAAGCGUCGUGAGGCAAGUGAGGAGUUGGAGGAUACAGAGGAUGGUGGCGAUGUGCUGAGAAGGCCGCUGCUGGGCAACAGCAAGGAACAGUCCAAGUGGUACUAAGCAAAUAUAUUAUCACAUAAUUAGCUUUACUCUUCUAAGUAUUGUUAUAGAGAGAGGUUUACAUUACCAAUUCCUAAAAGGUAAUCACCUAACAUUUUAAUGUUGGCUUUAAAGCACACCACUGUGCAGGAUAUCAGUGCAGUUUGGCUUAAAUAGAUAUAUAGGUGUAUCUAGUAGUUUGUAGCAUAGUGUAAGCUGGGACACACUAAUUCAAAUAAGGGUAUUAUGUUAUAUGUACUUUAGUUCAAUUCGAAAGCUUUCUUCGCUAGUCGCCGAAACAAGAUGAUAAUAAUGUUGUUGAUGCUAUCGUACAAUUAAACUAAACAUUGUCUGGGAACAAAUAAAAACAUUGACAAUAUAUAUCUCGCAACUGAAACCAUUUAAUUUCGUUGUUGAACAAAAUAUACUAAAACAUCAAACGAACAAUUUACAAUAGUUAUGCUAAAGCCAUAAGAAGAAGCUAAGCUCAUAAAUCUUAGCUUAAGCUACCAUUUUGCUAAUGUUAAAAAUACUCCUAUAAACCGAACGAACAUUUCAUAAUAGUUAUGACGAUGCUAUAGUUCAAUUAAUAUCAAUGAAGCUGAGUUCAGACAUCUUGUAACUUAAACAAUCAUUUCGUUAUUGUACAAAACAAUCCAAUAAAUUAAACAAACAAUUUAUCAUUUCA